AUGCCUCAGACAGCCAGUACAGAGGACGAAUCCAUGCUACCUCUUCCAGGUACUCCAUCUUCCUCCUGGGCCCGAUCUUGCCAACGGCUCGGCGCUGUAUUCCAGGGCGCUGAUCCUCGGGUCUGUGUGGCUUUUUGGCUAUUCGGUUUGAUCAACAAUGUCCUCUAUGUCAUCAUUCUCUCUGCAGCGCUUGACCUCGUCGGUCCCAAUAUCCCCAAAGGCGUCGUCCUUCUCGCGGAUGUGACACCAUCGUUCACGACGAAGCUUAUCGCGCCGUAUUUCAUCCAUGUGGUGCCCUACCCCGCGAGGAUCGUCAUCUUCGUCUUCCUGUCUGUAACAGGCAUGCUUCUCGUCGCACUGAGUCCGCUAAAUAUCAAUGCCAGUUCGAUUGCCACAAGGCUGGCAGGCAUCGUACUGGCCAGUAUAUCAGCUGGGGCGGGAGAACUAAGCUUCCUGGGAUUGACACAUUUCUAUGGGCCCUUCAGUCUCGCCGCCUGGGGAAGCGGGACGGGAGCAGCUGGCUUAGUCGGGGCUGGCGCGUACGCUUUGGCUACUACUUCGUUGGGGUUGAGUGUGGACACGACCCUCUUGAUGUCUGCUUGUCUUCCCGCUGUCAUGGCAGUGAGCUUCUUCAUGAUCUUGCCGAGAUCUCCCUUGCAACCAUUUUCGUCUGCAUAUGCCGGGUAUCGCGCUCUGGAGGAAAGAGAGCAACUUGCAGAGGAGCGCGCAUUCAUGGAGGACAGUUACGAUAACCUUCUUGAUGGUCAGGACCAGCUUCUGAGUGAAUCGGUCCAUUCGAACCGAAGCGAAAAGCUCGGAUGGCACCUCUUCAAGGCAAAUCUGCGGCGAGUCCGGAGUCUUUUUUUCCAUUGUAAUAUGCUUCCGCUCCUUUUGGUCUAUAUCGCAGAAUAUACGAUCAACCAAGGCGUUGCCCCGACGUUGCUAUUUCCCCUCGAUGAAUCACCCUUUUCACACUUCCGGGCCUUCUAUCCGGCUUACAAUGCCAUUUAUCAGGCUGGGGUGUUCAUCUCUCGAUCCUCAACACCAUUUUUCCGCAUCCAUGAUCUAUAUUCCCCGACCUUCUUACAGAUUCUGAACCUGGCGGUGUUGACCCUUCAUGCCGUGUUCAACUUCAUCCCUAAUGUAUAUAUCAUUUUUGUGAUCAUUUUCUGGGAGGGACUAUUGGGCGGCCUGGUCUACGUCAACACAUUUGCUGAUAUUGGUGAACGUGUGCCAAAGGAGGAUCGCGAGUUCUCUUUGGGGGCAACCGCCGUCAGUGACUCGGGAGGCACUUGUAUCGCUGGGUUUAUUAGCAUGGCUUUCGAGGUGUGGCUCUGCAAUUGGCAGGUUGCACAUGGACGGGAUUAUUGUCGGAAAACAUAG